AUGACACUUUGAUUGACAUGUCGUGUACCGCGUGGCUUGCCUCCGAGAGAAGCACGGAGAGAGAAAUGGAGAGUGACGGUGCUGCCGAGGAAGCUCUGCAAAACCCUAGCAAUACCGAUGAAGGGGAAAAGCCAACAGUUACAAAGAAAGAAGAAAAAGAAGAGAAGCCAAAGGUGGUAGUAAUAAUGGGUCCAACUGGUUCAGGAAAAUCAAAACUAGCCAUUGAUUUGGCAGCCCACUUCCCUGUUGAAAUCAUCAACGCUGAUUCCAUGCAGGUCUACCGUGGUCUUGAUGUUCUCACCAACAAAGUCCCCAUCUCUGAUCAAGAGGGAGUUCCACAUCAUCUCUUGGGAACAGUAAAUCCAAAUGUGGAAUUCACUGCUAAGGACUUUCGGGAUUCUGCUAUUCCUCUCAUCAAUGAGAUUCUUUCUCGCAAUUGCUUGCCAGUUAUUGUUGGAGGUACAAAUUACUAUAUCCAGGCUCUUGUAAGUCCAUUCCUUCUGGAUGAUACAACAAAUGAUUUAGAUGAAAGCUUUCUGAAUCAUCCUUCUGGUGAUGAGCAGACUGAUCACGCAACUGACUCUGGGAGAGAGAGUUUCAAUUAUAGCUAUGAUUAUCUUAAAGAACUUGAUCCUGUUGCAGCAAACAGACUCCACCCAAAUAACCAUAGAAAGAUCAAUCAGUACCUUAAUUUGUAUGCUCGCUCUGGUAUCCUCCCUAGCAAACUUUAUCAGGGAAAGGCUGCAGAGAAUUGGGGUUGCAUGGAUAAUUAUAGGUUCCGUUGCUGUUUUGUAUGUGUUGAUGCUGAUAUCCCAGUUCUGGACCAGUAUGUGGAACAAAGAGUAGAUAGCAUGAUAGAUGCUGGAUUACUUGAUGAAGUCUGUGAGGUUUACAAUUAUAAUGCGGAUUAUACUCGAGGUUUGCGGCAAGCCAUUGGUGUGCGGGAGUUUGAUAAUUUUCUGAGGGUUUACAUGUCAGAUGAAAAAGGAUACGACUCUACUAGAUCUCUCUUUGUGCAGUCAAAAAACGAGGAUGUGAAGCUGUUGAAAGAUAAUAUGAGGGAAAUCCUCUAUUCAUCUGACGAUAACCAACUUAAAAUUCUGUUGGCAGAAGCUAUCGACAAAGUAAAAGCAAACACCAGAAGACUUGUUCAUGUACAAAAGAGGAGGCUUACUCGGCUUCAAACAUUCUUUGGAUGGAACAUACAUUAUGUAGAUGCAACAGAAUUCAUAUCAUGCAAAUCGGAUGAAUUGUGGGCUGGACAAGUUGUUAGCUCCGCUGUGAAUGUUAUCAGAGCUUUUCUAACCGAGGAGAGGAGUGCAGUGCCUGAUUUGGAAACGCAUGUUGGUAGUGGAAUGAAAUCAGUUGAGAGGAACUUGUGGACUCAAUACAUUUGCAAGGCUUGUGGGAAUAGAGUGCUUAGAGGAGCUCAUGAGUGGGAACAGCACAAACAGGGCCGUGGGCAUAGAAAACGAAUCUGUCGGUUACGGAAAUCACAAGGACAUAGCUAUUCCUUAGUGGAGGAGGAGGUCAUCUCCAACAGUAGAUAGUCACCAAUUUUCAUGAUCGUACAAUCCUAGUUAUGAGAUGGAAUGUUCCAAGUAUCUGCACGUGGACCUCACCUGUAUUGGUCUAACAAUUUGGUUGAUUGUCCAUAACAUCCUUGAAAUUAUUUCCCAGUGACUGCCUUUUAGAUUCUCCCGGCUCAUUUACAAUGUUGAAAUGGGAAGAGCUAGCGAGGGAAAGGUACCAGCAUCUUCGUUUAUCAUUUUGCCCAAUUUUUUUUUUUUUCCUAUUCUCAAUAGUGAUGCGAGAUGAUGUUGUGGAUAUAUCAGUGUACUUUACUUGUAUGUGAAACAUGUUUUGUUUAGCACCGGA